UUGCUGUACCCGUCGCCCUGUCCUUUCUCUUCCCCCCACCCCCAACUCCCCCAGCGCCCUGGACUCUGCUGUCACCUUCUCCGUGAGCCCGGGCUGCCCACCCCUUCUCCCGGCUCCGGCCUCCCCGUCCUCCUCUCUCGCCUCUCAAGCCUUUUCUCUUGCUCGGCUCUUCGCUCUCCCGCCGCUGUCUCCCCCCCGUCUUCCCUCCCGCUCCGGCCUCCACACCGACUUGUAGACCCCACCCCACCCCCUGCCCGCCACCGUCCGUCCCUCCAUCCUCAACUUGGGGUUUUGGGCGCCUCCUCGGAGCCGCGCGCGUCGUCCUUCAUCCCUUGUCCUGACGUGACUCCCCUGCGCUCCUCACGCCUCUGGGCCCGUCUGCUCCCCUUGCCCUCUCUCGGGGUUGAGUGGGUGGGGCCUGCAGUGGGCUUGGCAUGAGUUCUGUCGAGCUGGGCAAGUGGGGGAAGGCGGACGAGACUGUGGAGUGGUCUGUGCCAGCCUGAGUAAUGAUGAAUGGCUCCGCCGGCGCUCACCGUCUCCUCCUGGCACAAGGUGCCGUGCCCUCGGGGGCCUAGCGUGUUGUCAGGUGUUGGAAGAAGGGAUGGAAUUGCAAAGAAGAUUCAGUCCAGAGACAAAAUAGGUUCCCUUUCCUAUUGUAGCUGUUCCCUCUGGGGGUACACAUUCUCUGCUUCCGGGCUCUGCAGCAUUCCAGAUCACGAACACCAAAUCAGGAUGGGAAAAAGACGCUGUGUUCCUCCCCUUGAGCCCAAGCUGGCAGCAGGCUGUUGUGGGGUAAAGAAGCCCAAAUUGUCUGGAAGUGGAACCCACGGUCACGGCAAUCAGUCCACAACUGUGCCUGGCUCCAGUUCAGGACCUCUUCAAAACCACCAGCAUGUGGACAGCAGCACUGGGCGGGAAAAUGUAUCGGACUUAACUCUGGGACCUGGAAACUCUCCUAUCACACGAAUGAAUCCUGCAUCUGGAGCCCUGAGCCCUCUGCCCCGGCCCAAUGGAACUGCCAACACCACUAAGAACCUCGUGGUGACUGCAGAGAUGUGCUGCUACUGCUUUGAUGUUCUCUACUGUCACCUCUAUGGCUUCCCACAGCCUCGACUUCCUAGAUUCACCAAUGACCCCUAUCCUCUCUUUGUGACCUGGAAGACAGGGCGAGACAAGCGUCUUCGUGGCUGCAUUGGGACCUUCUCAGCCAUGAAUCUUCAUUCAGGACUCAGGGAAUACACGUUAACCAGUGCACUUAAGGACAGCCGAUUUCCCCCCUUGACCCGAGAGGAGCUGCCCAAACUUUUCUGUUCUGUCUCCCUCCUUACUAACUUUGAAGAUGCCAGUGAUUACCUGGACUGGGAGGUAGGGGUCCAUGGGAUUCGGAUUGAAUUCAUCAAUGAAAAAGGCAUCAAACGCACAGCCACAUAUUUACCUGAAGUUGCUAAGGAACAAGACUGGGAUCAGAUCCAGACAAUAGACUCCUUGCUCAGGAAAGGCGGCUUUAAGGCUCCAAUUACCAGUGAAUUCAGAAAAUCAAUCAAACUCACCAGAGCAAAGCCAAAGUGCUAUGAAUUCUGUUCUGAUGACCCUGAGAUAUGGCAUAUUCUUCUGGGGAUUGAGACCUUCCUAUAGCCAAGGAUCCAUUAACCUGCUUCAUCAGAAUUUGACCCAGAAUUAGGUAUCGAAGUGAGAAGGUGACAAUCAGUUAUGCAGAGUAUAUUGCUUCUCGGCAACACUGUUUCCAGAAUGGCACUCUUCAUGCCCCGCCCCUCUACAAUCAUUACUCCUGACACACGGCUGCAUGACCAGUCCCACCCCCCUGUGGCCACCAAUGGCUAUGACAUCAUUGGAGCGGACGCCUCCUCUUCCUGGUCCAGUUACUUCUAUUACUGCACCAUUUUAUGAUGCUAGCUUCCGUUGCCAAGUCUGCCUCCUGCUGACUGGAGGGUGUGGGUUACAGCGAUGCAACAGAACACGAGGGGCCCAAGCCUUAUAUCAGCCUUUCCUCAGUCUGGGGUUCUGUUGGAUCAGGGCUCCCCAAUAACCAGUGAGAAUGGCUGUAUGGGCUCAGAAGACCGUUGUCUUGGUGAUUUCCCACAUGUGUGUUGGCCACACAUAGAAAACUGGAAAACUGGAAUUGAUGACGAUCCAUGGAGGCUUCUUCCCCAACCCCCACAGCCCACCAGACCAAUUAGGUGUACUCCCCUGGCAGUCUGGGCAACGGAGACCAACAUGAACCACUUAUAGGUUGUUUUAAAUUCCUUUUUUUAAACUUCCAGUUUAUUGUGUACCAAGAGUUGAUCACAACCUCCAUGCUUCAUAAGUGAAUACCAUGUUAGGGUUGACUGGGCACCAUGAGCCCCUGUGAGUCCUGAAUAAGAGAACUGCAACAAGAUGAGAAGCCCUGUUGGAUGGCUUUGCAUUGUGCAGUAAGCAGGGAAGGGUUAGUGCUCGCCCGACUCCCGGCUGGACUUGCUGGGACACUCCCUGCAUUGAAUCUCCUGGUGUUGAGCGGAGCUCUGCAGCAUAGCCUGCUGAGGGAUGGAACGGAGCCGCCCACACAGGUCAUCGUCAUAAGCAGGUGUGAAAAGAGAGAUCUCUUCCUCACCACCCGGCUACCUCAAUCCUCUCUGGUAGCAGUGCCUAUGUAGCUGCAUGUAGGCUCUCAGAAGCACAGACGCCCAAACAAGUGGUUGGGCUGGGCUUUAGGACACACCGUCACAGGAGAGCUUCCAGGGUCUCUGAGCUGGUUUUCUUCACAGGCAAACAUCCUGGGACCUUUCAGUAGGGCGGUUCGUUUUUUCCCAAUUUGCCUGCAGAAGUGGGAAGACUUGAUAUAUCAGUCCUCGGUAGGACUCUAGAACAAAGCUGUGUAAUAAAACAAGGUGAACCUUUUAACUUGCCUGCCACGCUGGGACUCUUCACCUCAUGGGGCAAAUGUCAGUUGCUCGUGUUGCUCAUUUAAACCCUUGACAUUCCCUUCCCAUCUUCACUCAUUCCAAAGUAGCUGUCAGCAAAUUCUUUUCACUCACUUGGUGGCAAAGUGUAGCACUAGGAGAGCGCUGUCUCAAAGGCAGAGACAGGCAGCCGGAAGAGAGGCUUCUGAGGAUGGUGCGCUGGUUACAGCACGGUUCAGAACGCGGGAGGCCGGCCAGGCCUCCAGUCAGUGAAUAUAUGCUUUGAUUUCUUUUUCAGAGUUGAUGUGAUGAUGUGGCUUUCCACAAUGGGCAAACAUUCGGUCAAAAGGUCAUCUGAGUUUCUUCUGCCAGGAAUGGAGGAAGGGAAGUAGGGGCACUUCCUUUGUGUUCUAGGCAUCACCCUCAGGUUCCUGGGACUUCUUUUUUUUUUCUGAACAGGGUAGGUUGGUUGUGCCAGGAAUGGUCAAGGACCUGGAAAGGAUGAGGGAGGUGCUGAUUACAUUGGGAUGCCCAGGAUACAUGCCCCUUACUGCCAGCUUUGCUUCCUUCACAUCCAUAAAGACGAAGGGUCUCUAGGUUUCUUGCUGCUGAGGGUAAUGAAGGUGACAUUGCAGACAAGCGUGACGGGUGCUCUCAGGUGCCAUGGAUUGAUGUCAGGGUGGUCAGUUCUGGACAGCCACCCACCUCCAAUUUGUACAACGGUAUUGACACAUAGGGCUACACCCAUUACUGUUCAGGCGUUCUAUGUUAGAGUUCUGUUUUAUUUCUAAAGAUUUAAAGCAAACUGCAAAAAAAAAAAAUGGUGCUAAACUUCACCCCUGAGCACUCUUGGUGAGACUGGUCAUGCAAGCAUCUACAGUACCAUGCUCCUCAAGCCUGUUUUUCUUGUAGAAAUGUUGCCCUAUCUGUCUCCCCUGUAUGGUAUGUGUUUUAUUUUAUUGAGAGUGGGGUAGAGUACCUGCCGUUUAAGAAAAUGAACAGGAAAAUGUUAAGGCCCAAGGAGGUGGGGGUGGGGAAUCAAUGAACACGAGUCCGGCUGGCAGAGUCCAACUCACUUCAGUUGGCUCAGUGCUUCCGGAGUGAAGAGCCUUACUCCCUGUACAUUCCCCUGUGUCCCCAGAGUCCAGCAGUGGAAAUGUUCAACUUCCUCUUGCCUUGUCAAGGGGACUAGGGAGUCAGGCAAGGAAGCUAUUUGGCCCAGAAGAAAUAGGCUCUAUUGGUGUCUGUCCUGAGCAGAGCCUAAUCAUUCGGGAAGAAGUCUGGAAGUGCACAGUCAUGGUCACCUCAUGGGAACGUGUGGCAGAUGGCUCUCAGGAAAAAUAUCAAGUGUGGGUUGUUCGCACGGGGCUUUGCAUUGGGAGUGAUGCUCUGAACUAGAACUCCGCUGCCUUCUACACGUUGACCAGAGCAGUGGUGAGGGCGGCCAGCGUGGGGCCAGUAAGUGAUGUUGAGGAAAGGGACCGUUUCCCGCCCAGUGUUUCCUUUGACUGUAGGCUGCUCCAGCUUACAGAGGUCCCCUGCUAGCAGAGAACCAGCCGGACUCUGCUGGCUCGGUUUGGAAUUUGUUUCAUCCCUAGCUGUGAGUGCCUUUUGGUCUGGGAAAGCUGGUUUGUCUCCUCAUACCAUAGCUAGGACACACUUUGUAAUUAUGAAUUGUCCUUGGUUUCCUGAGCUAAAAGCGUUGUCUUUGAUCACUAGAGUUUGUCAGUGUUGGGUUGUGUUCACUGUGAGGUUCUUAAAACGUUUUCGCUUCAUAAUGUUAAAAUAACUCAUGUUAGAAACCCUUUCUACAUGAAAGGUUUGUAGUUGAGAUGUUAUAUUUUACUGUUUAUAAUAAAAAUCAUCUAUACAAAAGUCUUGGGUGUUAAUUUUAGUGUUUUGCACAAGAUCUGUUUUCCACACUAUGUUAACAUCCUACAAUUUCACUAACUUGGUGUUACUUUCUACUGAGAUUUCUGAAGCCUAAAAACCUGGGUGUUCUUUAUGUUUUUACAUUAUUUUUAUUCUGUUUCCUCAAAGCAAGAGACUGUAUGGCCUUCACUGCAAAGACUUCAGACCAAUUAUUUGUAUUCCACGUGGUUGCCUCUUGGCUACAUAACUUCUGAGUACAAGUCACCAAAGUCUUGGAUGGAGUAUUGUAGAGAAUAAAUCAUAAUGGAUGCAAA